AUGGUGGUUGGCGAGUCGAGAACGGAAUUAUUGCAAUGGCUCAACCUAACUUUGGAUUUGAAUUACACAAAGGUUGAGCAGUGUGGUACGGGUGCUGCGUACUGCCAAUUAAUGGAUUCCAUAGUCGGGGGUGUUCCCAUGAAUAAGGUAAAAUUUGAAGGCGCUAAUUCUGAAUAUGAAUAUCGCCAAAAUAUGAAGAUUUUGCAGGCUGCUUUCACUAAACAUAAUGUGACAAAGGUAAUAGACGUAGAACGGCUCAUCAAGUGCAGAUUGCAAGACAAUUUAGAUCUAUUGCAAUGGUUCAAAAGAUUUUGGAUGGAUAACAAAGGAGUCAACGAUACUUACGAUGCAAAAGCGAGAAGGAAAAUGCCUGGUAGCUCAAGUGGCGCGUCUGGCUCGAGAGCGUCUAGUGUAUCAUCGAACGCUUCAAGAAGGGCCACUAUGACACAUAAUACCUCGACAUCUGCUAAUAUACCCACAAGACGCAUAUCUUCUAAUGGUAGGCUGUCUAUGACGCCUCUUACCCCUCAGAAUUGCAAUAAUAACAACACAAAGGUAGUUCAAUUGAAUAAAGAAUUAUGUGAAACGACACAGGAAUUAAACGGUCUUAAUGAGGAGUUACAAGAAUACAAAAUAUCUGUUGAAAGCUUAGAAACCGAAAGAAACUUUUAUUUCAACAAGCUCAGAGAGAUAGAAAUUUUAACACAAAACAUUAAAGACCUCAUAGAAAACGGGAAACAGAAUGAGCUUGAUAAUAUAACCAUUACUGAGUUCACAUCAAAGCUUCAAAAUAUUCUAUAUUCAACUGAAGAAGGCUUCCGGGCAGCUAACGAGUAUGAACGCGAUGAGGAUAUUGAAACUUUUUAA